UUCACCUUUCAUGUGAUGAUAUUAAUAUAAAGUGACUUCAUAAACGUGUUAGAAAUAACUUUACUAAGAUAGAUGCUCACACAACACUAAACAGUGGAAACAAAACCAGCAAACCCAUGUUUGAAUUUUGACAAACAAAGUUUAACCACUUUCCCGGCUAAAUCCCCAACCGGAGCUACCGAAAUGUCCAAAAUACCCCUCCCCGUGCUGAAACUUCCACUCUAUUUGUUCCUCUUGCUCGCCAUCACGGUGCCCUUUCAAGUAAUUUCGCAAGCAACAACCACCGAGGAAACAGUCCUACUCACCCUGAAACACCAACUGGGUGAUCCACCGUCGCUCCAGUCAUGGAAACAGUCACCAUCCUCGCCGUGCGACUGGCCGGAGAUUCUCUGCACCGCCGGCGCCGUCACGGAGCUCCUCCUCCCAAGCAAAAACAUCACACAGACGAGUCUCCCAGCCACAAUCUGCGACCUCAAAAACCUCACCAAGCUAGACCUCUCCAACAACUCCAUCGCCGGCGAGUUCCCGACGUCGCUGUACAACUGCUCCAGCCUCCAGUACCUCGACCUCUCCCAGAACUACCUCGCCGGCGUGAUCCCUGACGACAUCAACCGCCUCAAAACCCUGACGUACCUCAACCUCGCCGGAAACAGCUUCACCGGCGACGUCCCAGCAGCGAUCGGGAAACUCCCGGAGCUUCGAACUCUUCACCUGUAUCAGAACAACUUCAACGGAACACUCCCGAAGGAGAUUGGGGAUUUGUCCAACCUUGAAACGCUGGGUUUGGCUUAUAACUGGAGACUCACACCCAUGGCGAUACCCUUCGAGUUCGGGAACCUGAAGAACCUUCGUUUCAUGUGGAUGAAACAGUGUAACCUGAUCGGGGAGAUUCCCGAAAGCUUCGUGAAUCUCACGAGCCUCGAACAGUUGGAUUUGUCUGUGAACAAUUUGACAGGAAGCAUUCCUAGUUCUCUGUUUUCGUUCAAGAAUCUCAAGUUUCUGUACCUGUUUCGUAAUAGGUUGUCAGGGGUGAUACCCAGUUCGGUGAAAGCGUUGAAUUUGACUGAUAUAGAUUUGGCUAUGAACAAUUUAACAGGUUCCAUACCCCAAGAGUUUGGGAAGUUGAAGAAUUUGACUAUGUUGCACUUGUAUUUGAAUCAAUUCUCUGGUGAGAUUCCUAGUAGUUUAGGCUUAAUCCCAAGUCUAAGGAACUUCAGGGUUUUUGGGAACAAGUUGAGUGGAACUUUGCCUCCAAAACUAGGCUUGUAUUCAAACCUUGUAUCUUUUGAAGUUUCUGACAAUGAACUAGUUGGUGGGUUGCCAGAGAAUUUGUGUGCUGGUGGUGUUUUGAUGGGUUUGAUUGCUUUUUCAAACAAUCUCAGUGGGAACUUGCCUAGAUGGCUUGAGGAUUGUGCUUCUCUUACCACAGUUCAGCUUUACAAUAACAAGUUUUCAGGGGAGGUUCCUUUGGGUUUGUGGAAUUUGAGGAGACUGCAAACCUUGAUGUUAAGCAACAACUCCUUUUCUGGGAAGCUUCCAAGUGAAUUGUCUUCGAAUGUUUCGAGACUUGAGAUCAGAAACAACAACUUCUCAGGUCAGAUAUCUCUUGGAAUUUCAUCAGCUGUGAAUUUAGUAGUUUUUGAUGCAAGAAACAACAUGAUUUCGGGUGAAAUUCCAAGGGAAUUGACAAGUCUUUCAAAACUCACUACCCUCAUGCUUGAUGGUAAUCAAAUUUCUGGUCCACUUCCUUCAAAGAUCAUUUCAUGGCAAUCACUGAAUACUAUGUCCCUCUCAAGGAACAAGCUUUCUGGCCGAAUCCCCGUAGCUAUCGCGAGUCUUCCUAACCUUGUUUACUUGGACUUGUCUGAGAAUGAAAUCUCUGGUGUAAUCCCAACUCAGGUUGCCAAAUUGAGGUUUGUUUUUCUCAACUUGUCCUCCAACAACCUUUCUGGUAACAUCCCUGAUGAGUUUGAUAACCUUGCAUAUGAAAGCAGUUUCUUGAACAAUUCCCAUCUAUGUGCUCACAACCAAAGACUCAACCUUUCAAACUGCUUGGCCAAAACCUCACCACCCUCCAGCAAUUCCUCUUCCAAAUUCCUUUCCCUGAUUCUCUCUGUCACCUCCAUUGUGUUACUGAUCCUUGCCUCCUUGGCCUUGUACACUUUGAAAAAGCAAUGUGGCAAAAAGCAAUUAAGGCCAAAGAUAUCAACAUGGAGGCUUACCUCAUUCCAGAGGUUUGAUCUCACAGAAAUAAAUCUCUUCUCAAGUUUAACAGAAAACAACCUCAUAGGAAGUGGAGGAUUUGGGAAAGUCUACCGGAUUGCUUCAGAUCAUUCCGGCGAGUAUGUUGCGGUGAAAAAGCUUUGGAACAGCAAAGAUGUCGAUGACAAGCUGGAGAAAGAGUUUAUGGCUGAGGUGGAGACCCUGGGCCACAUUCGGCAUUCCAAUGUGGUGAAGCUUCUGUGUUGUUAUUCAAGUGAGAACUCCAAGAUUCUUGUUUAUGAAUACAUGGAAAACCAGAGCCUGGACAAAUGGCUUCAUAGGAAGAAGAAAACAUCAUCAAUUACUGAGUUGAGUUCACCCAACAAGAAUCAUCUGGUGUUGAGUUGGCCUACGAGAUUGAAGAUUGCCAUCGGAGCUGCACAAGGUCUGUGUUAUAUGCACCACGAAUGCUCACCGCGAAUCAUCCACAGAGAUGUCAAGUCCAGUAAUAUACUGCUAGACUCAGAGUUCAAGGCUUGUAUAGCAGAUUUUGGGCUAGCUAAGAUAUUGACAAAGCCAGGGGAGCUACACUCCAUGUCUGCUCUAGCAGGGUCUUUUGGCUACAUUCCACCAGAAUAUGCUUACUCAACUAAGAUUAACGAGAAGGUUGAUGUAUACAGCUUUGGAGUUGUACUUCUAGAGCUUGUAACGGGAAGAGAGCCUAACAACGCAGGCGAGCAUGGAGGCAGCCUUGUUGAUUGGGUAUGGCAGCAUUUCAGUGAAGGGAAGUGCCUUAGUGGUGCCUUUGAUGAGGGUAUCAAAGAAACACGUCAUGCAGAAGAGAUGACCACCGUCGUCAAAUUAGGCCUGAUGUGCACAAGUUCAUUACCCUCAACUAGGCCUUCCAUGAAGGAGGUUUUGCAAGUUCUUCGUCAGUCUUGUUCUCAUGGUUCAGCUCAUAAAAGAGUAGCAACUGAGUUUGACAUCACCCCUCUUCUUGGGGAUACGAGGUACAUUACUAGUUAUAAGGAUAGCAGGGUGGUAAGUGAAAAUGAAGAUACCUGCUUGUAUAGUGUGUGACAGCAGUGUUACCCCAUAAAGAAUAAUUUCAAUGUAGUGUAAGUAUGUACUGAUAUCAUCUCCAAAGGAAAUCAUUGAAGUAUUAUACUAAAAAUAUGCUUAAGGUUUGGAUAUAA